CUUUUCAAUUAAUUUCAACUCAUCCUCUGGUUUCCCUCCAAAACCAUCCACCACAAUCUCACCUUCUUCUUCUUCUUCUUCUUCUUCUUCUUCUUCUAUGUUCAACCAUGUUCGUCACCUCCCUCUGAUCUCCCCUUUCUCCAACCCCAAACCACUCUCUUUCUCUCUCCUCUCAACAUCCGCCAUUAAAGCUCUUCCUUCCUCACCACACCAUUUCCUCUCUCCAAACUCCAUCGACUUCCUCCCCCUCCUCUCCUCUCUGCAAUCCCUUCAUCAAACCAAGCAAUCCCACGCCCUCGCUCUCGUCUUCGGUUUCCUCCCUUCCAGCGUCUCUCUCUGCGCUUCCCUCAUUCUAAACUAUGCGAAAUUCGGAAACCCAGUUUCCUGCAAAUCCCUCUUCGAGAAAUCCGUGUUUUACUGUAAAACCCCAUUCUUAUGGAACACCCUUUUGCGAGGCUAUUCGAAUUCUGGGGUUUAUGAUGUUUUUUAUGUUUAUAAUCAUAUGAUUCGAACUCAUGUUAGGCCUGAUGAUCAUACAUUUCCCUGUGUUAUCAAAGCUUGUGCUGAUCACUGUGAGAAUAAGAAGGGUAGAGAGAUUCAUGGGUUUUCGAUAAAGGUUGGAUUUGAUAACCUUGUGUACGUGGGGAAUACCCUCUUGUCUUUCUACAGUAGCUGCUGUGAUUUGGUAGGUGCACAGAAUGUGUUUGAUGAAAUGCCUGACAGAGAUGUUGUUUCAUGGAAUACUAUGAUUGGUGUGUUUUCUGCUAAUGGGUGGUCUAAUGAAGCUGUUGAAGUGUUUUUACAGAUGAAGAUAUGGUCCGAGUUCUUGCCAAAUGCGGUCAGUGUUGUGAGUGUUUUACCGGCAUGUGCUGAGCUUAAGGACGAGGUGGUGGCGAGGGUGAUACAUGGCUAUGUGGUUAAGGUUGGGUUGAUUAAUCAAGUAAGAGUUGGUAAUGCAUUGGUUGAUGGGUAUGGGAAGUGUGGAGAAUUGUGUAGUUCUAAACAAGUUUUCAAUGAAAUUAUUGAGAAGAAUGGUGUGUCUUGGAAUACUGUUAUUUCGAGCUUUGCUCAUGCUAAGUGCUAUAGUGAUGCAUUAUACAUGUUUAUGUUGAUGAUUGACUCAAAGGAGAAACCAAAUGGUAUUACUCUGUCAAGUUUGUUACCAAUUCUUGUAGAAUUGGAGUGUUUUGAUGCAGGGAAAGAGGUUCAUGGACUUAGCAUUAAAACGGGUCUUGAUUCUGAUGUCUUUAUCUCGAAUUCUUUGAUUGACAUGUAUGCAAAAGCAAGGAAUUUCACCAAAGCUUCUAUCAUAUUUCAGAACACAAGUGUGAAGAAUGUUGUCACAUGGAAUGCCAUGGUUGCUAAUCUUGCUCAAAAUAGUCAAGAGUUAGCUGCAAUAGGACUCGUCAGAAAAAUGCAAUCUUUUGGUGAAGAACCGAAUGCUGUAACCUUCACAAAUGUUUUACCAGCUUGUGCUCGAAUUGGAGCACUUCUCUCAGGUAAAGAAAUACAUGGAAGAUGCAUCCGAAAGGGAAUUUCUCCUGAUAUAUUUCUUUCAAAUUCAUUGAUUGACAUGUAUGCGAAAUGUGGUUUGGUUGAUCUUGCACAAAAUGUGUUCAAUGUCUCAAAUAGAGAUCAAAUAUCAUACAACACAUUGAUAGUAGGCUAUUCACAAACAACUGAAUGUUUGAAGUCUUUAACCUUGUUUAAAGAAAUGGGGUUAAUUGGUAUGGAGAUGGAUACAAUAUCCUUUGUUGGUGCUAUUUCAGCUUGUGCAAAUUCUGCGGCACUGAAACCGGGGAAGGAAAUUCAUGCGUUUAUCACAAGACGUUUGUUUCACACACACAGUUUCAUUUCAAAUUCACUCUUGGAUCUGUACAUGAAGUGUGGAAAGAUUGGCCUUGCUCAAAACAUCUUCAAUCGAGCUCAUAAAAAGGAUGUUGCAUCAUGGAACACGAUGAUUUUAGGGUACGGAAUGGUUGGUGAUUUUGAAACAGCAAUCUCUAUGUUCGAAGCUAUGAGGGAAGAUGGUGUGAAACAUGAUUCUGUAUCAUUUAUAGCUGUUUUAUCAGCUUGUAGUCAUGGAGGAUUGGUUGAAAAAGGGAGGAAAUACUUUGAAGAGAUGAAGAGUUUAAGCAUUGUGGUAAAAAAUAUGCACUACACUUGUAUGAUUGAUCUUUUGGGUAGAGCAGGAUUAAUGGAAGAAGCUGUUGAGUUGAUUAAAGAACUUCCAUUUGAACCAGAUGCUAAUAUUUGGGGUGCUUUAUUAGGUGCUAGUCGAAUCCAUGGAAAUAUAGAGGUGGCGAAAUUGGCGGCUGAAAAUCUGUUUGUACUGAAACCUGAACAUUCUGGGUAUUAUGUAUUGCUGUCAAAUAUGCUUGCAGAAGCAGGAAGGUGGGAUGAGGCAACAAGAGUUAGGGAACUUAUGAAAUCAAGAGGGGUUAAGAAAGAUCCUGCUUAUAGCUGGGUUCAGAAUCGUGAUCAAGUUCGUGCUUUUCUGGUUGGGGAAUCGUGAUCAGAAUCUGCAUAUAAUCAUAUGAAGAAGUGCUAUUUUGGGAUGUUUGGGUAAAGCCACCACCUUUCCUAAAUUAGGCCGGGAGCUAACUUUGGACGGAGGGACUGUGCACAUAGAGCUGGCAAUGGGUUGGGUUAGAUCGAAAUCAGGUCGACCCAUUUAUAAAUGGGUUGAGAUUUACCCAACCCGACCUGUUUGCUUAAACGGGUUGAGAUUUUCAGCCCAACCCAACCCGACUAUAAAUAGGUUGAGUCAUUUUUUGCCAGCUCUAUGUGCUCACUCCAAAUGGAGCAUAAGAUAGGCUAGAUUUUGCUAGAAUCAGCCCCCUUAUGAUCAAGGUAUUUCAUUCACGAAGGGAUCGAACAAGUAAUUGGUUUAUACGAAGUAUAACAUUUGAAUAUUUGAUGUUUGUGUCAUUUGAGGCUAGAUUGCCUGUGACCUUCACUGAUUUUGCUGAGAUUUUGGUUCUGAAGUAUAACCUUAUGGCUGUAUUGCAGCAAUUCUUGACAAUCAGGCUUCUUCUGUCAAUUUCGGUUUUCUUUUGAGUUAAAAGGUUGGCAUGUAGGCUAGUGAAAGUGGAUUCUUGCUUAAACUAUUUACUCAGUAUGAUAGAUUACUCUGGAUACUGUAAGAAAUGUGAUCUUGAAUUCUUGAAGUUGAAUGGAAAUUAUAAAGGCUAUCAUGAUUGACAUGAUGACUGAAUUGCUGAUAAUCACCGAUUAA